GGUUUCUCUUGUCUCCGGUAAAUCGUCAGGAAGUGCUUUCACUCGGGGAAGUUAUGCUAUCGUAUACCAAGCAAAGGAUAAAGAAGGACUGAUGGACUCCAAGUACUACAGUUUUUCUGUGGAAGUCCAUACAUGCAAAACAACACUGAAAUGGCCAAGGCAUGGCUUUGUACAAUGCGAGAAUUCUGAAAGAAUAGCAGGAUCUAGCUGCUCAUAUAGCUGUUUCGACGGCUAUCGCUUAAAUGGUGGCGCUCGAAGAAGAUGCGAGACCAGUGGGUCCUUCUCAGGAGCCGAUGCUCAAUGCAAAGCUGUGAACUGUUCCAAUGCUUCUCCCAGCAUACAUCCCAACCAUGGAAAAGCCUCGUGUACGGAUACCGUGUUUGAGUACAACACUGUCUGUGCCACACGCUGUGACAAAGGAUACAGUCUGCCUUCAGAUAGUUUCCAGAUGACAAAGUGCUCUGGCACAGGUGCUUGGUCCACCACUUUACUUCCUUGUCAAGAUGCCCAGCCACCGGAAAUUAUGGACUGUCCAACAAGUAUCAAUUCCUACGCAGACAGAGGACAAAGUUUUGCAACUGUAACAUGGAAUGUCCCCACAGCCAAUGACAACUCUGGCGGUAACGUUACUAUGACACAAACAGUCGGAAAGGCCAGCGGAAGUCAGUUUGACGUGGGCUUUCAUGAAAUCCGCUACUUAGCGACGGAUGGGACGGGGAAUAAAUCCCCGGAAUGCAUAUUUUUUGUCAUCAUUGAAA